AUUAUAUUAACAAAAUAUGGCGGCUGUUGCUGCAACAGCCGAUAUGACGAUUCAAAAGAAUUCACAAAUAUUAGUGCAUGUCGAGGAAGCGUUGGCUGAUUUAAUAGUGGUUUCCUACAGUUCUGAAAAUAAGAAAUUUCAAGGUGUACUUUUGGACUCUAACAAAGGUAAUUUGCCUUUUGGAGUAUACAGUCUCAACCCAGCGUUUUCCAAAUCAACUCCAUCCACCGAUAAUACCGAUGAUAAGCUACAUUCCGCUAGUCAAAGAUUCACAUACCAGGAGCCUCAGUAUGCGACCGAAAACCCGAACAAGCCUAAAAAGAAUGGGCCCAAGGCUAAACCGCAGCAAAAGCAAAAGAUGACGGUGCGAUUGAGACCGCGAAAGGUCUUGUGCUCCAAUUGUAAAGGCAUCUGUAAUGAGAACAGCGAAAACGUGGACGUGUCUAAGAAACGGAAGCUCGACUCCGAUGACGACACUGCCCACGAUAACAUCGAACCAUCAAAUUCCAGGAAAAAGUAUCUCGAGGGCAACUCUCUAAUACCAAGAAUAUCGCGUCUGCAGCCGAGUGAGAUAUCUAACGCCAUGAAAGGGUCCUCUAAAAACUCUAAUAAGAGUAGUGAAAAGUCAAGUGUCAAGGUUGAAAGUUCACUUUAUAGCCCUACAAAAGAAAUGGCGUUUGUUAGCGUAUCCAGUGAUAGUGAGAAAGAUGCUAAGGAUAAUGAUCCUUCAUUCACAUCCAUGUUCCAGAGUGCAAGAACAUUAAAAAUAUGUUUUGGUGAAGGUGAAGGUACUGUAGUCAAAAUACCGCCCAUCACAGGAGACUACAAUGAGGACUCUGGUGUGUCAUGUGACAUGGCUAAACCUACUAAACCAGAUUUAAAGGCUGCGAAAAAAGCAUUGAAAAAAGCUAAAAAACAAGCCAAGAAAAACACGAUUACAAUCAAGACAGUGGUACGGAGUUCACCUAAACAUAUUGGAGCUCUGUCUCCCCGUAACAAUGUUUCCAAUAGCCCACAUCCUGCUGUGGAUCCCCUAGAAAAGAAACAAAAACACAAGGCAAAACAUAAAAAGAAACACAAGUUCCAAAAGACCCGGGAUGAAAAUGUUACUGAAAGUGAGUCUAUUAAUUACUUUAGUGAUAUUAAAGAGCACUGCCUAAAACAGAAGCUGUCUAUAAGUCUGAGGAGGUUGAGUAGUAAUUCUUAUGAGAGACGGAAUGAGCAGGACGUUGCAGAGAGUGGUUCGGACGAUUGGGAAAGCGAUUUGGUACCGAAUUUCCCGGCUACAGAGAUGGAAGGUGCCGGGGGGAGAUUGGUGGGUGUAGCACCUGGUGAUAUAGUCUGGGGUAAAGUCGUAGGGUUUCCAUGGUGGCCCGGGAGAGUGCUAAGCGUAACACCGACAGCUAGAGCCCACGUUGCAUGGUUUGCUUCAACCACAUCAUCACUAAUGCCAUGUGACAGUUUGAGUCCAUUUUUAGAGGAUUUCAAGAUGCGUUUCAACAAAAAAAAGAGAGGAGCUUACAAAGAGGCUGUAAAAAUGGCUACAAUAGAAGCAAAGAUGAAUGAAUCUCUAACACAGGACCCUCUAGGAAGCCCCACGCAGUCCAACCUAGUAAACCAAUCACCGAGGCCUAUAGAUGUUUUCUCGUAAAAUUGUUAUGGUAUGGUGUACUGCCAAAAUUCAAUGUAUGUGAUAUUUUUUAUUGUACUGCACAAAAUUGGUAUGUUGUAAGUUUCACUGUGAAAAUGUAAAUACUGUUCUUGUCUUUUCAAACUAUCAGGCCUAUUUCACUAACUUGACAAUGACCAUUACCUAGUGAUCCAAAAGACUCGAGUCUUUUAGCUCUUUUUUUAGGGCUCGCCUCAUCUCUUGACCCCUAAAAGUCUAAAAGCCUAUUUUACUAAUUAAAUAGACAUUUCUGGGUCAGUAAGUAACUUACUUAGCAUAAAUGUUUACCUAUUGAACCAGAAAUGUAUGGUGAACUGUCAAUGUCAGUGUGGUGAAACAGGGGCCAGGUUUUUCUUUGAUGUAUCGUUUAGAAAGCUGUUUAUCUUUCAAUCUCAAAAAACAUACUGUUACGAAGAUUAAGUUAAAGUUUUCCUAAAUUUUCCUACUUACAAUUUUAAUUAGGGAAAUUUAAAGUUUGAACGCAGCGGCCACUGUGCGCGGCGCGUCAAUUUGAACCUUGUCUAAAUGCACGAAAGUUGACAUUAGGUUGUAGUUGCGCGCGUAAUUCGACGUCUUUGUCGGUCAAUGUGUUAAGCUGUUUCAAUGGCAUUGCUAUUUCAUUACCAUGCAAUAAUGUGCUUUCCAAAUUACUUAUCGUCCAUUGAUUAGCUUCAUAGUAAUAUGUGACGUUCCACGAUAAAGGUACAUUAUGGCGGUGCUACGUGACGUAAGCGCCGACCGCCAUAAGGUAACUUUUUCCGUGGAACGUCACAUGUUGUUUAUAAUAGUUACAGUGGUUUGCUAUUAUUUUGACAGCAAAUGUGUAUUUCCAUUUGAUCAUUAGAAAAUUAUUUUAAAAUUGUCAGUAUACGAUUUUUUAUUUAAAGCUACAUUAACAGUAACUAUCAUUCAGUUAAGUAACAAUUGUUUUUCGGUUUAAAUGUUUUAUUGAACCUGAUAAACCCGUGAAAUCUGUAUAUUAUUAUGUAAUGCUAAAGGUUUAUUCGAGAAGAGAAAUCAUGAUUUGUGCAACAAUAAUAAUCAUUAAAAUGAAUGUGUACAAAAUUUUAUAUCAAUUUGCAACUGUGGGACAACAAAGUGAUUUACAAGGAUAAAAGAGAGACUUCACACUAGCGUCUUUCGAGUGUCGGCGUCUAGUGUAAGUUCUCAAAUUGCGGGCAUUUUUCUCUGUCACUCUUAUUACGCCUUCAUUGGAGUAAAAGAGAAAGAUCCCCGCAAUUUGCGAAUUUCGGUUUUCGCGGUAGCCGCUCUGAGGGCCUACCGCGCACUAACUUGUUGCCUCCCAGUCACACUUACGUACGAAAUUAUAAGUGCGACAGAGAGGCAACACGUCGUCAAAGUCUCUAAACCCUAAAUUUCUUUGGGGAUAAUAAAGGUUUGGGUUACUAAGCAUUUACACAUAUCUCUUGGUUAUAUCUUCAUUAUUUUUACAUUAUCUUUGUUUCAAAUAUUUGAAGAUACUUAUAUUGUUUAUCAUUGAUUUAUGUUACUAAUAGUUGAAAAGCCAAGAGAUCUCACAAGUUAAAAGCAAUCUUAUUGUUAUUUAAUUAUUAGUCAACAAAUUUUUAUUAGUGCUUCAUAGUUAUCUAUUGUUUUACAUUUACGAUGCUUACUGGAACUUUAUUACUUGUUUAUUCCAUAAUCUCUUUAUUUUGUAGCAUUAUCUUAGUUUUAGUUAGGUUUUUAAGGGUUAUUCCCGGUAGUUACCACCAAAGAGAAUUGCUGUUUGUGGUAACUACUGAGAUUUUUUUUUCACUUGUUACCUACUGGGGACACGUGAGAAAAAUAUUCUUAGUUGUUACCACUGGUGGUGGUAACUAGUGGGAAUAACCGUUUUGAAAUAGUGAUGUCAUGCCGCAAAGGCUAUAUAUACUUUUAGGAAACUGUAAUAUCAUGUAAUUAGUUAUUAGGUAAACAGUGUUUAUCUAAUAUGAAAAUCAGUGUUUACUAAACUCUGAAUUAUUUGCGUAUUUUUAACCUUUUGACCAAUUAUGUUAUUUCCAUUAUUUUAAGUUAGUCUGUUAUCAGUUAUAGUUAAACUUUACUACCUAUAAUUUUAAGUAAGAAGACAUGGUCUAUUUAAUAAGUGAGACCAUCAUACGGUGUGGGUUAAAAGGUUAAAUUUAUGCCAUUUAUCACAUGAUUCCAAUUUACAAGGGUGUGUGCAUUUAUGUACGAAAUGAAGGCACUGUGAUUCGUCUUUUAAAUAAAUAAACAUGUAACUAUUUUACUAAACAACAACAUAGUAUUUUUGUUUAUACAUUAAUGUAAGCAAAUUCUUAAUUGUAUGAGAAGUUCUGCCAAAGAAUGAUGAAAGAUCACGGAUGUCUUUAAGUAAAUGGAGUGCUUAUUUGCGCAAACAAAACUGUGAAAAGUAUUUGUAUCUUAACAAUAGGUACUGUGCAGUUUCUACACUAGACUAUUAAAAAAAACACUUUUUCUUUUGUUACAUAUUUUCCGUUAGACAAAAAACAAAGUUUGCACAGUAACUCUAAAGUGUCAUUCUAUGGAACUUGCUAACUAUGUAAACAAACCGCCAUAUUGAAAUUGUCUCUGAAUGAUGAAUUUACUAGUGACUUUUGUUUACAUAGUUAGCAAGUUCCAUAGAACACUUUAAAUAUAAAGUAUGAGGCCUAAUGAGAAAUACAGGUAAAGAGGAAAGGUUUAGGCACUUUAACCGUGGGCGUAAUUUCCCUUCUUAACCUGGAAGAAGAGUCUGUGGGGACUAGUUUCUCUAUAUUUCUAUAUAGGCGCAUUUAUCACUAUUUCGGAUUUUCACACCUAGUGUAGAUGCUGCUUUAUCUAAUUAAUAUGUAUCAAUAUUACAGGAAUUUAUAAUGUUAAUGCUGGGUUUUCCGUUGAAUUUCACAAUGUGUUCAUAUAGAAGGGACUUAAUGUAAAGUUUAGAUAGUUUUGUAAAGUUUAGAUGGUCGAUGCAUUUGUUGUGUAGGUAUCACUAUAAAGCAGCGGUCGGCAACCUGCGGCCCGCGGGCCGCAUGCGGCUCGUGAACCUGUCACUUGCGGCCCGAGUGCCGCCUUGGCUAUUUUGUAUGUAAUAGUGACAAACGACAAUGUCUCAUAAAGUCAAUAUUAAUAAAGUACAAAGUAAAAGGUUGCCGACCGCUGCUAUAAAGUAUUGUACGUACGGUCAGUAGCAGAUAUAAUGAUUAAUGAUGUACAAACAGCAACACUCACUGUACACCCAGUGGACCUUAUUACAAAAGGCAUAAGGUCCACCGAUGUACAGUUAACAGUGUGGGCGAUGGUACCUACCUAAUGUCCCGGACAAAUAGCCAAAAUGACAAUCGUUUGUAGAAAACGAAGCGACACUAUUGUCUCUAUCACUUCCAUAUUAGUGCGAUAGACAGAUGACUUUUCGUUUUGUUUCUCUGCGAACGAUUGUCAUCUUGGCUAGGCCCCCUUUUUAUCAUUAAACUUAUCCAUCGAAAAAACUUCUAGUGCUGAGGGCCUACCGAACCGCGAACCACGUUCGACGUGCUGCCUCUGUCGCACUUAUAAAUUCGUACGUUAGUGUGAUAGGGAGGUAACACGUUGAACGUGGUUCGCGGUAGGCCCUCUGAACACAGUCCAUCCCUAAGGAUCUCCACAACGACGGUAUCCCCGAUUCACGGUCGACAUUCUUUAUAUUUGCUUGUGACCAUAGAGAAAAUACAUAGAUUGCUCACUCCAUGUCCAUCAGUUAGAGAAAUAUAAUAUUUACAGUCACAGGCAUAGAGAAUGCUUGUGACUGUAAAUAUUAUAUUAUGCUGUUGAGAUAAGACUUUCCGGUCGGUGCUACAUCUAUUGUCAAGUAGCAGUACUGAUAGUUCCGCUACUCGAUGCUAGAUGUAGACACUGAAAUUAAAAGUGUUUUUGGUACUAAAACUGAUGUGUGGAGUGAGCAUACUUGUCUUAUUAUAUUUCUCUAUGCUUCUGACUGUAAAUAUUAUAUUUCUCUAACUAUGGUACCUAUCUACAAAGCAAACUCUAAAAAUGUGAAUUUUCUAAUAUUAUCUUUAUAUGUAAGUAGUCUUGUAUGUUGAUUGGCAUCAUAUUUGUAAGUAAAACUAUGUACUGCAAUCGGACUAGAGAAACUUGAAGGAAUUCAGUAAAAUAAGCCAUGUACGCUUACCACUUCAAUCUAUAUUUUAAACCAAUAUUAGAGAUAUAUUUUAUGAAUAACUAUCUAGCAGCGUCGGUGUUCAUUCGAUCAUUUAAGAUAUUCCAAACUGAUUGAAAAAUAAAUAAUUCUCGUAUUAAAA